GUCCCCUUUAUCGCGACUGCGGAAGUGGGUGCAGACAACUCAGGUUGGCCGCCGCUCGUGAUCUUUGAGCGUGUUCGCUCGCUGCUGUUUUCGGCUGGAAAGAUGCCGGGUCUGGCCGCUGCCGCCGGCCCUGCCCCGCCCGAGACUCAGGAGAAGAAGCCGCUGAAGCCAUGCUGCGCCUGCCCGGAGACCAAGAAGGCGCGCGAUGCGUGCAUCAUUGAGAAAGGAGAAGAACACUGUGGACAUCUCAUUGAGGCCCACAAGGAAUGCAUGAGAGCACUGGGGUUUAAGAUAUGACAUGGUGGCCUACCUUGUGAAUGAAUGAUCCCUGAAGAAUGAAGAAGAGUAAAUAUUUUCAAAGGUCUUUGAACUUUGAUAAAUGGAUAAAGUAUUUAUGAUUUAUUAAAAAACAAAAGGAAAGAAAA